AAAAGCUUGCUGCAGCGAACCCACGAGUCAGCCGGCAUUAUAGCACACGAGGUGUUGCGAAACUCUUCUAUCUGACAGGAUUGUUGUCAAGCCUGCACACAUGGAUGAAGUGCUCAGCGACACUGGGACGUCAACACAACCAGCUCGUCUUACCUUCGCCAUGGAUAAACACACCAGUGUGGUGUUUCGAAACGUGGGGCAACUUUAUUUCCCCCAGAUCAGGGUGGAGUGUCACUACAGCCUGACCUCAGAGCACCAGUGGAGCAGCAGCGAUUGGAUUGGCAUUUUCAAGGUGGGCUUCUCCUCCAUCAAGCAGUACCACACGUACACGUGGGCCCAGGUUCCUGAAGGUUACACGGAAGGAACUGCCGUCAACUGCUGCACACUCUUUUAUGCGUUCUUCCUGCCUCGACCCAGUUCUGACGAGUACCAGUUUGUCUAUGUUGACAAAAAUGGAAAGAUUUGUGCCCAAAGUCGCUCCUUCACCUUCUGUGCUCCGAAGCCACUGGAGGAACUGGAGACGCUGAAGGAGGAGCGGGAUGAGGAGGAGGACGAGCAGCGGGAGGAGGAAGAGCUGCUUCUGGUGAUUCCCAGAGCUCAGCUGCUGCAGAAACACCUGGAGGAGUCUGUGAGAGAUCGGGCCAAGCUGCAGGAGGCUCUGACCUCUGCACAGAAGGAGACGGAGAGACAGCAUGAGCGCUUCAGAAGAGAGAAGGUGGCAUGGGAUCGAGCAAGACAGGCCUUGAAGGAGGACAUUUCUGAGCUUCAAGGACAGCUGACGAUGAAGAACGGCAUGCUGAAGAAAAUCGAAGGAGAACACAAUGAUGUGAAAUUCAGCCAGGAGAACCUUAGCAGUGAGCUGAGUAAGCUAUUGGCUGAGAAGGUGGACAGUCAACAGAGAAUCACAGACCUGGAGGAUGAUGUCAGGCUUCUGUCCGACCGAGAAGAGGAACAGAGGGUGGAGCUGGAGAGGCUGAAGGAGAGACUGAGGAAAACCGUCACUCAGAUGAAACAUGAGGAGGAGAAGAGGAAGUCUCUGCAGACGGAGAUGGAAGCCAGCCAGUCUGAAGUCCAUGUCCUUCAGGAGCGUCUGGACGCAGGAGACCACUCGUCCGAGGGUCUGCGGCGGGAGUUGAGGGAGCUCGGAGCCCGGGAGGCGCAAGUCCACACUGAGCUGCACCAGGCCCGGCUGCAGGUGGCCCAGCUGAGUCUGCAGUUGUCAGAGGAGAACCUGGUCCUGAGAGAGGAGCGAGCCAGCUGGGCUGUGGAGAGAGACGCCUACAAGCACGCGGCUGAGAUGGAGAAGAAACGAGUGCAGGAGCUGAGCGCUGAAGUGCAGAGGAAGGACGAGUGGCUGCAGGACGAGAGGAUGGAGAGGGAGAGGCUGGAGGUUCUGCUGGACGACACCAGAUCGGAGCUGCAAGGUCUAAAAUUAAGUCUGAGGAAACAUCACAAGCAACAACAGCCCGAACACAACUCGGAGUCGGAAAGUUCUUCUGUGAAUGAAGAGCAGAGUGUCACUCAUCUGGAUGGAUUCACCGAUGAGGUCCACACCGAGGAGAACACACCGGACUUGGACACAGAGGAGCAGUUAGAGGAGCCCACUGUGGGGAAGCCCUUGGUCCAGCCUGAGCUCAUCCACAUGGUCCUCAGUGAUUUGUCCGGCUCAAACAUGUGGUAACGCUCCGGCUCCACCCAGAGGCAGCGACAGGAAGCGAAGUGACAUCUGUGUUCUUUUUAUAUCAUUGUGUUCCAUGUGCUAACGUUGGCUUGCUCACCCCGACGAGAGUUCCUCGCAUGUCGCCAGCGCCGGCAGAUAUUUCCUGCUCUCUUAGUACAUGUGUGUCCUUUAGUUGAUAAAUGGAGGCGUCGGCCUUCAGGUCAGCGGCUCUUGUUUUUGUGGCACACAAGCUCUGCAUGUGAGCGUGAGAGUGUGUAAAGUGGGUGGGUGUGAGUCACAGACACGUGUGAGAUGUUCCAGGAAUCCAGACUGUAUUUAUUUGUCAAACGUCCGUUUGUUCUGCCUCUUUAAUAAAACCUUGGUGAUCUUGGUGGGCUUCAUACUUUCAAACACUUUCUUUUCUGCCUCCAUCGCGCCAAAUUUAAAACUGUCAGCUGAGCUAUUUAAUGCAGAGUGAAACUGGCAGUGAAGAAGAAACAGGAAGUGGG